UCAAAGUGAGAGAGAAAGAGACAGAGAUGGAGAUUUAACAGAUUGUGCAUCAGCAGAGUUUGUUAGGAGCAGGAUAAAGGAUUCCGCUGGGAAAGAUCCACACCGUGUUUUCCAUCAUACCGCAGGAGAGUAACACCAGCAGCGAAGUGAACCAGAGAGACAGAUAACAGACAGAACUGAAAUCACGGUCAUGAUGUGCGAAUAUUCACACAAGUGUCCGCAGGUUUAGAGCAUCACUUCAGGACAUGGAGUUUGGACGGAUUUAUUUACGAUAUAAAAGAGCAGCUCUGCUGUCACUGAUGUUCAAACUGGGUCUGUUCUGCACUGUCACGUCUGAAGUGUGUCUGUCAUCUCCAUGCCAAAACAACGGCACCUGCGUACCUACCUUGGGCGGCUACCAGUGUGUCUGCCGUCUCACGCCGCCUAUAUAUGCAGGAGUAAACUGUGAGCUUUUAUACGACCCGUGUGAACGUGCAGACUGUCCCUCCACAUGCAUCGGCACUCCAGGAAUGGAGAACUACACCUGUCUGUGUCCCGACGGGUUUGACGGACCCAACUGCACCCAGAACAUCAACGAAUGUGAGAGCAGCCCCUGCACGGGGGUCAAGAGCUACUGCGUGGAUGGAGUUAACGGAUAUUCCUGCCACUGUCCCAGCGGAUACAGCGGGGACGACUGCAGGACGAAGGUGCGAGACUGUGCGGAUGACCCGUGCUACAAUAACGCCACCUGCGUGUGGGCACCAGACGGGUACGAGUGCCGGUGUGCCGCAGGCUUUCGGGGUCAAAACUGUGAAGAAGACAUCGAUGAGUGUGUGUCGCAGCCCUGCAGGAACGGCGCCAUCUGUCAGGACGGUGUUGAUGUGUAUCACUGCUACUGUGUACCUGGUUUUCAAGGAUACCACUGUGACAUUGACAUCAACGAGUGCGCAUCCCAACCCUGUGAGAACAACGGGACGUGCAUCAACGGGAAGGACCGCUACAUCUGCGAGUGUCUCAUUGGGUUUACAGGACUGAACUGUGAAGUUGACAUAGAUGAAUGUGAGGCGGAUCCCUGUCAGAACGGCGCCACCUGCCACGAUCACGUGGGUCUGUACACCUGUGAGUGUGUGCCGGGAUACGAGGGCAUUAACUGUGAGCUGGACAUCAACGAGUGUGAAAGUUCACCCUGCCAACAUGGAGGGAUGUGUCUGGAUAUGGUCAACAGCUAUGAGUGUGACUGCAGCGGCACUGGAUUCAUGGGCUCUGUCUGUGAAGAAGACAUCCCCGAGUGUGUGUCGGACCCCUGUCAGCAUGGCGCCACCUGCCAGGAAGGAGUUAACCAGUAUACCUGCCUCUGCUGGCCAGGCUAUGAAGGUGAGAACUGUGAGCUUGACGUGGAUGAGUGUGACGCGCGGCCGUGUGAAAAUGACGGCGAAUGUUUCCAGAGAUCCGACUCCAGACACUACAGAGUUUUGCCAGAACUGGACCGUGAGUUCAGCUACGAGAGCGCAGCUGGAUUCCUGUGCCACUGCCGCACUGGAUUCACAGGUGAAAACUGUUCAGUUAACGUGAACGAAUGCGAGUCUGCGCCGUGUGAAAACGGAGGCACCUGUGAAGAUCUCGUCAAUGCAUUUCAGUGCUCGUGUCCUCCGGGGUUCACAGGUGUUGUGUGUGAGAUUAACGUGGACGAGUGUGAGAGCGACCCGUGUCAGAACGGAGCCCUUUGUAAGGACGCCAUUAAUGACUACAUAUGUUCCUGUCCACCUCCUGCGCCGGACCAGCUGCCCUGGGGCGGCCGUGACUGUGACGUCACAUUGACCGGCUGUGUGGACGACCCCUGCCAGAACGGCGCCACCUGUGUGCCAUCAUUGCAUGAAGAUGAGCAUCGACACACCUGCAGAUGCCCUUCUGGUUUUCAUGGUGACACAUGCGAAACCUCCACCACCUUCUCCAUGACAGGAGGAGGAUAUCUGGUCGUGGAGGUUCCUCACCGCAACAGGACCCGCAGGCAGGCGGGAUCGCAAAGGCCGAGCGUCCAGCUGCGGUUCAGGACGACCUUGCCGGAUGUAAUUCUCUUCUACCGGGGAAGCCAAGAGCACUUUUUCAUACUGGAGCUAAUUGGUGGAAAUCUUCUCUCCAGAGCCGAAUCGGGAGAUUUGAAGCUCGCUGUGCAGUUAAGCGGGGAUUUCAAUGAUGGACUCUGGUGUGAAGUCUCUGUUAGUGUGGAUGAGAGACUGACUCUGACCCUGCUGUCAGAGAACAGGACAGCUGAGGAUGGAGGUCACAACCAGCUUCUGUCCUUCCAGCCGCACGGUUUGGAGAAAGCGUACAUCGGCGGGGUUCCACCGGAAUACUUGAACAACACGGAGACCAGGAUGGGAUUCGUCGGCUGUUUUGAGGAUCUGCUCGUGGAUUCUCAGCUGGUUCUUCCUCAGAACUUCAGCUCAGAGCCGGAUGUGCAGAUGGGCUGCGAGAGGAGGGAACGGUGCCGUCCGGACCCCUGCUCUGAGCGGGGUCACUGCGUGGAUCUGUGGACCGACUACAUGUGCCACUGCCGCAGGCCAUUUUAUGGACACAACUGUUCAGAAGAGCACUCUUCAUGGACGUUCAGUCACGAGCGCAACAGAAGCUUCGCUGCGUUUCCCAUCACCCAGAAGCACGGCGCUAACCUGACUGUGUCCUUGUGGCUGAAAUCACGUCAGAUAAAUGGCCUGGUCUUUCAGCUCCAGCAUGAGAAUCAAGCAUACUUUACUCUUUUUCUAAAAAAUGGCUCAAUGUAUGUUGCGAUAUACAACUCCGUCAGAAGGGCCUCCGACUUCCUAACCGAUGGGGAGAAGGUUUUUGUGGCUAUUAAAAAAGAACAAGGCGCUAUAGUAUUUAAUCAAACGCAGCAGAUUUCUGUCAGUCACAGUGAUUUUGAGGUAGAAGCAGGAGAUGUGGCGUAUCUUGGUGGACUUCCUGAAGGAGAGAACAAUGUACCGUGGGGCGGAUAUUUCAAGGGCUGUAUGCAGGACGUCCGCAUAGACGACACACAGCUGUACAUGUACUCGGGGAGCAUCAGCCAGAAACCACAACAUCCAAGCUACUUACCAAGAAACUCGUCUAAUGUGCUGGAGGGUUGUGUGGGCGACCAGACGUGUAAGAUGAAGCCCUGUCAGAAUGGAGGGAAAUGCCGGGUCAUCUGGAAUGACUUUGUGUGCUCAUGUCCGCUGAACUACUCCGGGAAGACGUGUGACACACGCGUGUGGUGUGUUAGUGACCCGUGUGACUCUGGGACUCGAUGUGUGGACUUGCCUGAUGGUUAUGAGUGUUUAGCCAACGCCACAUUUGAGAGCAAUGCUUUGAAGUUCAGUGCCAACGGCUCCUUGCUCGCCCCUGUGACACACAUCUCAAUGGAGCUGCGGACGCGCGAGGAGAACGGGACGCUGUUACGCGCCUCCAACCGUCUGGAGUUCUUCUGCAUGGGGCUCCUGAACUCCUCGCUGAUCGUGAAGUUCCGCGAGGGUAACAGUCUGGAUGUGCACGCUUUCACCAGCGACGUCCCCGUGUCGGACGGCGAAUGGCAUCAAGUGGAGCUCUACACGUCCAGCUCACGGAUCGCAGCGUCCCGUUGGCUCCUCACCGUGGACGGACAGCAGGCCGGAAUCAGCCUGGCGGCAGCUGGCAGCACAGACUUCUUCAACUUCUCCACCGUGUGGCUGGCGCAGAACUACACCGGCUGUUUGGGCGAGGUGCGGAUCGGUGGGGUUUAUUUACCGUUUUCCGGACGCCUGGAGGAAGAGGCGCCGCAAGCGUCACAGUUCAUCCGAGUUGGCGGGAUGGCGGAGCCUCAGCUGGGAUGCACCAGCACCCGCUUGUGUCUUUCCGAGCCGUGCCAGAACAACGGCACGUGUACAGACCUCUUCAAUCUCUUUGACUGCAAAUGUGCCCCGGGAUGGACGGGCGAACGCUGCCAGGAGAACGUAGACGAGUGCGGCCAACGGCCCUGUGUCCGGGGAGAGUGCCGGGAUCUGCUGGGGGACUAUGAGUGCGAGUGCCCUGCCGGAUACGGUGGGAAGAACUGCCAGGAGGAGGUGGACAAUUGCCAGGAGCAUCGCUGUGAGAACGGAGGCUCCUGUGUGACUACAGACACGGGAUACACCUGCGUCUGUCCACCUGAUCACACGGGGCCGCUCUGCCAAUGGCGUUUCCCUCGCCGUCAGUGUGAAGUGGAUUCAGAGUGUGAGAAUGGUGGCAUUUGCACUGAGGGAUUCUGGGGAACGAACUGUACCUGCAGACCAGGCUUCAGUGGAGAGAGAUGUGAAGUGGAUAUAGAUGAAUGUGAGUCGGACCCUUGUCUUAAUGGAGGCAGGUGUGUAAACAGAGCCAAUCACUUCCUCUGCGAGUGUGUGUCGAACUUCACCGGAGAAAACUGUGAGAAUAUGAAGCAGCUGCAGAUGGAGCGCGUCCCGUGGCUGGUGGUGGCCGCCCCGCUGGCGUGUCUCGCCAUCCUGCUGGCAACGGUGGGGUUGGUUUGCAUGGUUCUCACCACCCGGAAGAAGCGGCAGUCGGAGGGCACCUACAGCCCCAGUCAACAGGAAGUCGCAGGAGCCCGAAUGGAGAUGGGCAGCGUGCUUAAAGUGCCUCCUGAAGAAAGACUGAUCUGACAUUGGUUGCCACACAUGUAACCAUGUCAUCAUGACAUCUGAAAGAGGCAAAGCCAACAGGUUUGGCUUUUAUGUGUCAAGGCACGUUGAGCAGAGCUACGUGUGCCUUCAGUGGAAGGACAGUGGAGAAAAACCCGGCAGUUCUCCAUGGGUUCACUAUGAAUAAGAAAACAGUGGAUUACUGUACUUCAGCUGGGGAAAUCUGGAUCUACAGCCAAUGAGCAUGGCAAAAAAUUUGUGGUUUUUGAUAUUUGUAUACUACAAAUAUCUAACUUGAUGGCUAUAUUUACUUAAGAAGCAAAAUGACUUAAGAUAUUAAGUCUUGUUUACUGAAAAAUUGAGGUGAGGUAAAAAUAAAAAACAAUCUUGUUUCUGGGUUCGUACGGUCAUGAGAAACCUGGAAAAGUUUUAAAAUAGCAGUUUCCAGGCCUGGAAACAUUUUGGAAAAGUCAUGGACAUUUAUUUAUUUGUUUCACAAAUGUCUAUAUACAAGAAUAAAUGUUUAAUUGAUAAUAUUGGACACAUGACAGUACUUAUCGUUACAAUAUACUAUGAUAAAUUUGAACAUGGAUUUUUAUUCUUAUUUUAAUUGAAUACAUAGACUUUCAUGGAAUAAUAGGUCAUGAAUAUUUGUGGAAAAGUAACUGAAAUUUACUGGUAAAAAUGUGUUUGAAUGCUGUUGUUUUCUCUAUUCUCAAACACACUUAAUUUUGAUGAUUUUUCUCAGAAAGCAAGAUUUAAAAUCCAAGUCAUUUUGCUCCUCAAAUAAAUGUAUCUUGUUUUAAAAAAGACUAAGCAAGAAAAACAUUUUUUCAGUGCACUGAGAAAUAUAAACUGUGACCACUUUCCGUAUACACAAUCAUUUCAUUCACAGUUUUCAGUCAUGUGACUGAAAACAGGCCUGUCAAUUUUCAAUUUGUCAAGCUACUAAUAUUUAGAUCAUCUCUCUAAAGAAGAAAAACAAAGACAUGUGAACAAACUACAAGUUCACAUACAGAACCUUCCUCACCAAAAACAGCGGACAUUUUAAAAUACUUCACUUGGACGUGACAAUAGCCUCGUGGGCAGCACCGACAUGUAGCGCAGUUGCGCUUCAGGCGUUCCGAGUUCGAGUCUCAAAAUUUCUUUGUUCUGCUGUACACAAAGGAAGAUAUUUGGAAGAAUGUUUGUAAUGUUUACCCUCAUUGACUGCCAUAGUAGGAAAAAAAAAUACUAUGGUAGUCAAUAGGGAGCG